AUGUCUGCUGCUGGCCCGUCGAGCGCCAGCGCCGACCCGUACGCGCCCUUCUACUACUGGGACCCACACUCGAACGGCUGGGCCUUUGACUACGACGCCUACUACGCUGCGCACCCGCCCGUCGCGCAGCCGACGUACGACCCCGACUUUGCCGCGCAGGCCUCGGCGCAGGCCUCGGCGUAUGGCAGCGCGCCUGGUGCGCCAGGUGGCGGCACAGGCGGCGCACCGAUCAGCGCCGCCACGGCGGCCGCCAAUAAGGCCAAGAAGCAGCUCGGACCCAAGGAUGCCGAGGGCAAUGCCCUCGCCGGCAACCUGAAGCGCGGCGAGAAGCGCACAACGGUGCUGCGCAAGGCCGUCGGCAAGCUGUAUGAGGACCAGACGCUGCUCGAGUGGAACCCCACGCACAAGCGCCUCUUCGUAGGCGAUCUGGGCAACGACGUCUCAGACGCUGUCCUGACCGCGGCGUUCCAGAAGUACCCGUCCUUCUCCAAGGCGCGCGUGGUGCGCAAGAAGACAGACGCCAAGUCGCGCGGCUACGGCUUCGUCGCUUUUGGCGAUCCUGAGGACUUCCUAAAGGCGUGGAAGGAGAUGGAUGGCAAGUACAUUGGCUCGCGGCCGUGCCGCCUCAAGAAGGCGUCUGAGGAUGUCGUGCCGGUCGAGAUCGGACACCGCAAGGACCGGCUGCUGGCGAACAACGUCAAGCACGACGACUGGCAGCACCGCAGGAAGAUGGGCGGCGCACUGGGCAGCACACUCCGGCAGAACGGCGGCUUCGGCCGUGCGUACGGCAAGAAAUGA